GUACAAAACGGUGAAGCUAACCUCGUCUUGUAGUAAACAAACAAAACACUGAGCAGCACAGGCAGCGCGUCUGUCAUUACUGCCGCCAACAUGUCUAAGUCCGAGAUAGCGCGUCAGUUUGACCUCCCGGAGCGGCAGAGCAAACUGAACACCAUGCUGCGGGAGGAAGGCCUGAAGGACGAGCAGGUGUACUGUGUGUGCCGGACCUCAGAUGUCUCCAGGUUCAUGAUAGGCUGUGACAAAUGUGAGGAGUGGUACCAUGGCGACUGCAUCAAUGUGACUGAGUCGGAAGCAAACAAGAUACGAAAAUUCUUCUGUCAGAGAUGCAGACUGAAGGAUUCGACCCUGGAGAUCAAGUACAAACAGAAGAAGCCUCACCACCACGAACACAGUGACAACAAGCACCACAAGGACAAGGAGAAGAAGGACAGGGAACGGAAGGACAAGGAGAGGAGAGACAAGGAGAAGAGAGACAGGGAAAAAUACAAAUAUGAUAAACAUUCAGCCUCCAAGAGCAAGAAUGGCAGCAGUAGCAGUAGCAAAAGUAGCAGCAGCAGCAGCAGUCAGCGAUGUGGAGCAUGUGAGGCAUGUUACCAGCGUGAGGACUGCGGCCGCUGCGAGAACUGCAAGGACAUGGCCAAGUUUGGAGGCCCCCACAAGCUGCGGCAGAAGUGCAAAAAGAGACAGUGCCAUAACUUUGUGCAGCUCGCCCAGAGGCCCAACAAGACCAGCAGCAGCAGUCCCAAGAAGCACUGGGAACAUGAGGCAGACAAGCCACCCAAGCCUCCAUCACAGUCCCCAUUCAGUGUGAAGGAAGACUACCCCACUGUGCUGAAGGACCGCAACGAGCACAGUGAGGAGGAAAUGUUUGAGCUCAACAAGAAGUACACGAAGGACCCAGUGAUCCUCGAGUCCAGCAAGACCAAGGAGAAGGAAGUCAAGUCAUUCAACCGGAAAAAAAAAGAGCAGACGCCAGGGAUGCGAAAACGGAAGAGUCGCCACGAAUCAGACUCUUCAGACAGUGACUCAGAUGGUGGCUACAUGCGGGCAGACCAGAUCAUCACCCGGCAGUGCUUUGGGCCACAGUGCACCAGGCUGGCACGUCCCAACAGCAAGUACUGCAGUGACGAGUGUGGCCUCAAGCUGGCUGAAGCAAGGAUCUAUUCUGUAUUGCCACAGCGCAUUCAGGAGUGGAAGAUGAGUGAGUGUGUGGCAGAGACAAAGGACAUCAGGCAGCUGGAAAAGAUCAGGCGGCAGCAGUUAGAGGCGAGGGAGGUGCUGCAGCAACUGGACCAACGGCACCUUGAGCUGGACCGACUAAUUGAGCGAGGGAAGAGAGCCAGCAUUGACCCCAAAGCUGAUGACGGGGGUGAGGAGGAGGGUGUGGACAGUGUCUACAUUUACUGUGUCACUUGUGGACACGAGGUUCAGGCCAGAAGAGCAGUUAGACACAUGGAAAACUGCUUUAAUAAGCUUGAGAGUCAGACCACCUUUGGCUCCAUGUUUAAGACAAGGAUAGAGGGCAACAACAUGUUCUGUGACUUCUAUAACUCCAGCACCCUCACUUACUGCAAAAGACUGAGGGUGAUGUGUCCUGAACACACCAAAGCACCAUUGGUCAAGGAUCAUGAGGUUUGUGGAGCUCCUCUGACCUCCAAUGUGUUUGAUGUGACGGGAGAAAUUUGUUUGGCGGCCAAAAAGAAGUGUUUGCGUCACUACUGCUGGGAGAAGCUCCGGAGGGCUGAGAUAGACAUGGAGAGAGUCAGACAGUGGCUCAAGUUAGAUGAGUUACUGGAACAAGAGCGCACAGUCAGGCAAGCCAUGACUAACCGUGCUGGAGUGCUGGGCCUCAUGCUGCACUCCACCUAUGACCAUGAACUGGCAGAAAAGCUCCAGCAAUCCCAGCAGUACCACCAGAAUGACCAUCAGUACCACACUAAUAGUACAAAGUAUCAACGAACCAACAGCACCAGUAACAGCACUGCUAAUGCCACGACUACUGCACACCACAAGCACAGCACCAGUCAGGCUCAACAGAAGAAACAGCAGCAGCGCCAUCAUUCCUCCUCGCAGCGUUACAGCACAGAUCUCCAAACCAGUGAGGCGCAGCAUCCCAGUGAUCACCAGUACCACAGCACAGGGCACAAGCACCACCACAGCGACCACCAGUACCAUAACAGUGACCGCAGCAACAAGCAACAGCAGCAGCAACAGCAGCAGCAGCAGCAGCAGCAGCAGCAGCAGCAGCAGCAGCACCAUCACAGUGACCACCAGUACCACAGUAGCGACCGCAGCAAGCCUCUGCAGCAGACGCCUCCCACAACGCAGCACCACCACAAUGACCACCAAUAUCACUCCAACAGCAGGGACCAGAAGUACCCAGUGAAUCAGCGGUACCACUCAGACCACCAGUAUUACUCCAGUAAGAAACAAAAGUGAGUUAUGCAAUUCCUUCUUGUACAUGGAAAUAUUACACAAUUGCCAAUCUUUGCCAUGUAACUUUUGUAUGAAGUGUAAAUUAAAAUCUUCAGGGAUGUACAUACGUAUAUUCACUUUAUAAUGUCGUGGUUUUGAUAAAAAAAAAUUAGGUGUGACCAGUAUGUAAAGUAAUAAUUUAGUUUUAUUUGAAGAUAAUAAUGAAAUAUAAUGCCAAUUAAUAAAUCUACCUUUGGAA